GGCGUUUCCCGACUACGACGUCGAGUUGGCUGGAUUCCUCCUCUUUGCAAGGGAUCGCUUUCGCGCAGAGCGCAGCUCAGACGCUCGAUAGUGCGUGCUUUCAGCAGCCUCGCAGACUGACGACGGCGCCAGCGAGGAGAAGGCUGCAUUGCAGAGCAGAGAAACUCAGAGAGGAGAGACGAAGGCAGGAAACAUGUGCAGGAGAGAGCAGCCGAGACGCCGGGAGGAAGAAUUCCACCGGAAAGACGAAGGCGUCUCAGAGCAGCGAAGAAGGGGGGGAGAGAAGACCGAGUGGAACUCCACGCAGGUUUUUCACAAAGAUAAUCAGGGACUCUGGGAUUCGCGGCGCUUUGGAUCAGUCCUCCCUGAACGAGAGUCAGAGUCAGCUAGGAAUCAGGAAAAAAAACUGUCAGAUCGAAUACGUGGUUUCGGUUCCAACCGCAGCCAUACAGGUGUUUCUGUUCUUUCUUUUGGAAUCUGCUGCGGCCUUCUUCGUGGGAGACUCUCAGUGGAGCGCAUGCACGAAAGGAAGGACUGUGUGGUGAAAAAGAGACCUGAACAACUCUCUUGUGACGCGCAAAAAGACCUCUCAGAAUCAGUUCUGCCGCCAACAGCCCCGACCCCUGCAGAUGCGAUUAUGGAGCUUGACGCAUGUCACCUGCUGUUUCGAAACUCUCCCUGCGUCCUCGCUUGUCCGGAAAGCUUUAGGAGACGAGAGAGAAAACACUAGGAAACUCUCAUGGCCGUGAUAAGAAGAGAAUGAAGGAUCAGAAGAAGCCAGGAACGAAAAAGGGAAGUCUUUUUCUCAGAAAAUUCUCAUUCGUCCUUGCCGAAACCUCCACCCUUCUCACACGGUGCUUCUUUCCCCGCGUUCGCUCUUCAGACUGCCUUCUUUUCCCCG